AUGGAAGCCGCUAAAUUGGAAGCAGCGGCUCCUCACGUGGCAGUUGCUGCAUCGGCGGAGCUCGCUGCAGGGGAGGCGAAUGGCGGAGAAGUGCGCGCCGAUGGCGGAGCUCUGUGCGCGAAUAUUGGCGUGCGCGGGAAUGAAGAGAAGAGAGAAAGUGGAGAGAGCGGCGAAGGCAGAGCAGAGAAGAAAAGUGGAGAGGGAGGGAGCGACGAAAGGGAUGGAGAAGGAGAAAAACGGGAUGGUGGAGAAAAACGAGAAGGCGGAGAAAGGCAGGAAGGCGGAGGCGGAGGGGAAGAGAGAGAAGGAUUAAGCAGCGGCAAGAGUUCGAAGAACGCUGCUAACGGGGACGCGAGCGCGCAGGACGACAAGCCGCUGUCGAAGAACGCACAGAAGAAACUGACGAAGCGGCAGGCGAUGCAGGAGCGGAAAGAGCGCGAGCGCACGGAGGCGCAGCAGAAGCGUGCGGAGCAGCAGAAGCGCGCGGAGCAGGAGGCGGCGGCCAAGGAGGCGAGCAUGACGGCGGAGGAGCGCGCGGAAGCCGCCGCGCGGCAGCGCGAGAAGGCGGAGGCGCGGCGGGUGGCGGAGGCGGAGAGGCGGAAGGCUUGGGCGGAAAAGGCGGAGAAGGGUCCAGGGCUGAUCAUUGACCUGGAGUUUGAAGAGCUUAUGGGAGAGAGGGAGUUAUCGAGCCUGCAGCAGCAGGUGAGGGAAGUAGAGGGCUCGAGUCUGCAGCAGCAGGUGAGGGAUGGCGGGUUUAGGGUUCAAAAUAUCGACUUCAGUGUUGGGGAGGUGAUGAGGAGUGAUGGAGGGCUGUGGAGCCCCUCGUGUGGUUCCACUCCCAGUCAGCGCCUAGUUGGUUCUCCUACGUCUUUUGAGGCGCCUCGUAAGCCACUUCCCCCCCCACCCCAGGUCGUGUACUCAACUGCUUCCCCCCGACUCUCCCCAUCCCAUUCUACCCCCUCUCCCCAUCUCUCCUUCCCCUCAGGUCAUGUUCUCCUACGCUCUGAACCACUGCGCACCCUCCCCCUGCCGCCUCACCCUCUCGGGCCUCCCCCCAGUCAGCCCGUUCCUGCACGCCUGCAUCAGCACUCACUGCUCUCUUCCUUCCUAUACCCCACUGUUCCCCCCCACUUCCCCCCCUCCCUCCCCCCUUCCCACCCUGUCAUGUUCUCCUAUGCCCUGAACAACCGCGCCUCCUCCCCCUGCCGCCUCACCCUCUCCGGCCUCCCCCCAGCCAGCCCCUUCCUGCACCGCCUGCAGCGAAUCGCGGGCUUCGACAGCUGGCAUGGCGUGACUGUGGAACCGCGUGCUUAUAUCGAAGCCUGGGCGGGCAGAGAGGGGGAGCUGGUGUACCUGACUGCUGAUGCGGAGGAGGAGGUGGGGGAGGUGGAAGCGGGGAAGGUGUAUGUGGUGGGGGGGAUAGUGGAUCAUAAUCGGUACAAGGGGCUGACUAAGGGGAAGGCAGAGAAGCAGGGGAUUAAGACAGCAAGGUUGCCCAUUGGGAAAUACCUCAACUUGAAGACCUCCAAGGUGGGUUUGCAGGGUGGUGCAGUAGAGUUCGGUGCUGUGGGGUGCGAUGGAGUGGAGUGCGGUAUGGUUCAGUGCGGUUCAGUGCUAGCAGUGAACCACGUGGUAGAUAUUAUUUUGCAGUACCUACACCACAGGGACUGGGAGAAAGCAGUGGCGGCUGUUGUGCCUGAUAGGAAGAAGACGGACAGACAGGAGGGUGACAAUAACGAGAGUGAUACUGGCGCUAGAGAAGCGAAGAGGGCUAAAUGUGAGAGCAACGAAUGA